UGCAUCUGGGUGGCCAACGCCUUCGCCCCGGCUGCUGGGAGCCCGGCAGGUUCGCUGGGGUGGACGCCGCCCGAGCCGAGAGGUGGUGCCCUUUCACGCCAGCUAAUUGCUCCUCGGGCCUUGGCCUUGACAGGUGUUGGUGCCUGCCAGGGACGCCUUCUAACCUGGGCCGAAUCUCUCUCCGGAGACUUGGCGCCUAUGGUUGGGGACAGAGCGAGGUCGUUGCCUUGACGACAGCAUGCGGCCCGCGGUCCUCCGGAGUGUGAGCUUGCGGCGGGCCGAGGUCCAUCUGCCUCCCUGCCUGCUUCACCCGGAGCCCGUGCCUGUGCCCGCGGAGGAAGUCACAGCGGCGCUGGAAUUGCUGGUUUGUUAGUCAGCAUCUUUAGACCUGCGAGCGAGAUGCAUUUCGCCUCAAAUUUGUUUCCGAGUUGAAAACCUUUGGUUCUUUCCAUGCGAAAGGAUUUGAAGAAACACAAAAAAAAAAAAGUUCCGACUGGUUGUAAAUUAAAAUGGAAAAAUAUGAGAACCUAGGAUUGGUUGGAGAAGGAAGUUAUGGAAUGGUGAUGAAGUGUAGGAAUAAAGAUAGUGGAAGAAUUGUGGCCAUCAAGAAGUUCUUAGAAAGUGAUGAUGACAAAAUGGUUAAAAAAAUUGCAAUGCGGGAAAUCAAGUUACUAAAGCAACUGAGGCAUGAAAAUUUGGUGAAUCUGUUGGAAGUGUGUAAGAAAAAGAAACGAUGGUACCUAGUCUUUGAGUUUGUUGACCACACAGUUCUUGAUGACUUGGAGCUCUUUUCCAAUGGACUAGACUGUCAAGUAGUUCGAAAGUAUUUGUUUCAGAUUAUUAAUGGAAUUGGAUUCUGUCACAGUCACAAUAUCAUACACAGAGACAUAAAGCCAGAGAAUAUAUUAGUCUCCCAGUCAGGUGUUGUCAAGUUAUGUGAUUUUGGAUUUGCACGCACGUUGGCAGCGCCCGGGGAGGUUUACACUGACUAUGUGGCGACCCGAUGGUACCGAGCCCCAGAGCUGCUGGUUGGUGAUGUCAAGUAUGGCAAGGCUGUGGACGUGUGGGCCAUUGGCUGUCUGGUCACUGAAAUGCUCAUGGGAGAACCCCUAUUUCCUGGAGAUUCUGACAUUGAUCAGCUAUAUCAUAUUAUGAUGUGUUUAGGUAAUCUCAUUCCAAGACAUCAGGAGCUGUUUUAUAAAAACCCUGUGUUUGCUGGAGUAAGGCUGCCUGAAAUCAAGGAAACGGUCCCUCUGGAAAGACGCUACCCGAAACUCUCUGACGUGGUCAUAGAUUUAGCAAAGAAAUGCUUACAUACUGACCCAGACAAAAGACCUUUCUGUGCUGAGCUCCUACACCAUGACUUUUUUCAAAUGGAUGGAUUUGCUGAGAGGUUUUCUCAGGAACUACAGUUAAAAGUACAGAAAGAUGCCAAAAAUAUUUCUUUAUCUAAAAAAUCGCAAAAUAGAAAGAAGGAAAAAGAAAAGGACGAUUCCUUAAGUGAAGAAAGAAAAACACUUGUAGUUCAGGAUACCAAUGCUGAUCCCAAAAUUAAGGAUUAUAAAGUAUUUAAAAUGAAAGGGCCUAAAAUUGAUGGAGAAAAAGUUGAAAAAAGCAGUAGAGCUUCAAAUGCCGGCUGUCUCCAUGACAACGGGACAAGCUAUGUCAAAACAGUGCCUUCAACAAGCCUCCGAGACUGCAGCGACGUCACCGCGGGUCACACCCGGCACCCGGGCACAGCGAUCCCCCCACUAACACACAAUCUUUCUGCAGUUGUUCCCGGUAUUAAUUCUGCAAUGGGAACUAUACCAGUUGUUCAGAGUUACAGAGUGGAUGAGAAAACAAAGAAGUAUUGUAUUCCAUUUGUUAAACCAAAUAAACAUUCCCCAUCAGGCAUUUAUAAUGUUAAUGUGAACACAUCAGUCUCUACUGAAAAGAACCUUUUCCAGGCAAAUAAGAAAAGAAGGGAAUACUCCAAGACAGAUGUCCGUCUGCCCGAACUGAACUACAAUCACCUCCCUGAGCUCAGAGCCUUGGAAGGCAUAGCUCGAAAUUCCAGGCUAGUAAAGAAAGAGAACAAAAUUCUUUCAGAAUCUCGAAUUCCUUCUCUGGCUGCUAUUGACUUGCACACCUCCAGUCUUUCAUUACAUCAGGUAUCAGGCACUCCCCUAUCGGAUGGUUCGGAGCCUGACUUGCCUCGAAUGGAACACCAGCACUGAGGGUCAUUUUGCUACUGAACUGGCUGCUGCUUUAGCAUCUGAGAUGACAUCCUCUUGCAACAAGAAUGCUGCCAUCCUAGGAAGAGAGACUCACAGUUUUGAUUGUUUCCUUUUGAACUACCUGCAUUUUCUGAGAAAGGCCUUUCAGAAGAAGGAAAGACAAAGACAUCAGAUGUGAACAUUGAACAAGUGUCCCUCCCCAGCUGUGAUCCUGUACCUUUCACGUCCACUGAUGCUAUUUCAAGAUAUACCCAGUGAAAGAAUAGUGUGAUAGUUCUUGCUACAUGAAUGUGUAUUUACCGUUAGUAGAUUGUAUUUUAAUGUUAAAGAUUAAAAGUAUGUAAAAAAGAGAGAGAGAAACAUUAUAAAAGGUCAUGUAUUUAUGCAUUGAACUUUGUGUCUUAUCUGUAUAAAUGUGUACAUUUAUUUAGGAGUGGGUUUGGUGGGGGUAGGUGAUAAAAACGAGAGUCAGUUGAAGCAAUUGAAAAAUACUAGGAUCAGCAAGAGCAAAUGUUUCCUUUACCCUGACUUAACUAUAAAAACAUCCUUAACAAUCUUACUUGUUCCUGGGCAUUAAGGGAUAUGUACCUGCUGUGUGUGGACAGAUGUGUAUCUCUGGUGUCUGAUCAGUGUAUUGCGGCUCUGGCCUCUCUGCUGACCCUGAGAAUCUCCCUAACCCAAGGCCAGCAGGACAGUGUUUUGUUUCUACUGACUUAGUACAGCUCUGCACUGGACAGUUUUCUGUGUUGUUAAGAUUCUGGUGCUAAUAAUGCAAUUGGAGCGAGAGUGGAGAAGGAGAUUUUGUAGAUACAUUGUGGAGUUGAGAUGCCUCUUUGAAGGAUCUUACCAACAAAUCUUGAUGUCAUCACUUGUAAGUAAAUUUUCAUUGAAAAAAGAGGGAUCCAUACAAGAUUAGGGAUGAGAAUCAGGGGUCAGCUAAUAAUCAGAACUGAUGACUCUUCUGUGGUUCCAAUUGUUAGUGAACCUCCCAGCUGAGGAGGCUUUGGGGAGGAAUGUCCGUAUAGUCGGGCACUCCCUCCUGUCCACUGGUAGUUUGAGUUACACAAAACCCAGAGAAAUUCCUGGGUUACCUCAAACACUUAGGGCUUCCCCAAAACUUUUCACUAAGGUGCAAAGUCAUUUCCCGACAUUCCACACAUCUUUUCUAAUGCACGGUCCGAGACGUUUUAGGUGGGUGGGUCAACCAGUUCGGCUCCAGCCUCUUGGAGUCUGGGUUUCAGCCAUCCUCUGCCCUUAUUGUUUUAGGGAAUGGUUGUUAAGGGGACUAGAAUUUGGGGGCAGGGGGGGUUUGCCUUAAUACCAAUAGCAUGUCAUUUUUUCCCCCAAAGCCAUUGACUAGAACUUAGCCCAAGAAUUUAACUAGAACUUUUCUUUAUUACUCUGAAGAACUUAAUAUUGAAAUUUUGACCAUAGACACUUGGGCCUCAAAAGAGCAGGGCAUUCAGAAGGACGCAAAUAAGAGUCUUCAUGUAAAAGUCCACAGGUGUUAGUUAAAUUAAAAUCUGGUCUUGGUUUAAAAGCUCUAUCUUUAACUCUGGCCAGGUAUUUUACCAGAUUAGUAUGGCUGACAUGCUAAAAAAAUGAGUGAAUUGGCAUGAAUAGACUUCACAUUAAAAUGUUAUUGUUUUAUUUUUACUUUAAAGAAUCUUGCCAAUAGACUUUUGAGUGUGGAAAGCAAAAGCAGAUAAUAGUUACAUGGCUCUCUGGCUUACGUCAAUGCUCUCUUUAUGUAAAGAUCAGUGUGCAAAUAUCAGUUCAAUGUUUGAGGCUCUAGGAUCAAUUAUCUUCUCAUUUUUACACUUGUUUUUGGUAUCUUUUGCCUAUUAAAACACCUUGUGAACUGUAGAAUUAAGGAACUAAAAAUCAUUUACUAGUAGCUCAAGUUGAGACUUAAAUAUCAUAUCUGUUUAGAACCUGGGCAGAACCACCAGAAAAAGAUUUUUCAAACUGGGGCUGAAGAUACUGAACCAAAAAUAUUCCUUUCUUUGGUUUAAGGUUCAUCUGUCUUUACAAGGAUCUGACUUAGUCACAUACUAAUAGGGAUAUAUGUAUGUAUCAGUGGGUGGCAAUGGCUUUCUGUGUGUAUAUGUAUGUUUUAAAAUGAAUAAAUAUUAUCUUACCCACCUCCAUAGACGCUUUUAAUUUAGAGACUAUAAAUAAUGGAUACACCGCUACAUGGUAUUUAACAAAUAAGUUUGAAGUAAUCUGUUAAUCUUUUGGGGGGAAAACUUUUGAUAUAGGGGCAGCAAUUAAUUUUCUUGUGUAGCUGCUGAUACAAGCAGUAAGGUCAUGAAAUAGCAUGUCUCAUAAAGACUAACUGGUGAGGGUCGGGGCAGACCUAGGCUUGCCGGGCACCUGGUUCCCUGACCGAGAAUCCCAUGCCUGCUGCGAGUGUCUGAAUUCACAUGGGAACAUAGAACGUGCCUUUGCUCAUGUGACUUAUCUCAGUUGUGCUUCCAAGUAAGGCUGGAUCUGCACUGAGCCAGGCAGACUAGACUCUUAUCCUCAGCCCUCCUGGGUGUGACAGGUAGUGGCAGGGAAUCAGAGCAGCACUGGAGCCCGGCACCUGGGGCUUCAGGCUCCUCUUAGUGAGCUGGACUAAGUGGAUUUUUUCUCUGUUGUUUUGCAUCAAGCGUUUUUGCAUUAAAAGUGGGUGCUUAACACUCUAUGUGAAUAAAAAGUUACAUUCUCACGUCAUUUUCUAAAGCGUCUUAUUCUUUCUCUUGAUGGCAUCCUACGUGAAGUAACUUGAAAAUGUGAUUAACAUACUGCUUGUUUCUUACCAUUCCCUUCUUUGAAGCAUCUUGCCACAAAUCUCGAUGUCAUCACUUGUAAGUAACGUGACUGAGAACUUUAUAGACGUGUGAAUAUCUGAGGUUGAAUGUAUUAUGCACUGAGAUAUUUUCUUUGAAACCAAAAUCUUUCUACAAAAUGUCAUUUUCCUUUGUUUUCAGUGAGAAUUUAUUUUUGCCCAUGAUAUGCCCAUUUAAUUCCUUUAUUUUCUACUUUGGCAUGCAGGGUCAUCUCCUUUAGGAGUGAGGAACGUUCUGAUAAAAUGAAAAUUACCUCUUUCAUGUUUACAUGGAUGGAGCUGGAACAUAUUCUUCUUAGUAAAGUAUCUCAAGAAUGGAAGAAAAAGUAUCCAAUGUACUCAGCCCUACUAUGAAACUAACUUAGGGCUUUCACAUGAAAGCUAUAACCCAGUUAUA